CUUCCCCGUUUGCUGCCUCCGGGACCCCCGAGGACACCCCCGAGACCCCCCCAAGACCCUCGAGGAGCACCCCCCGGGCCGGCCAUGGACUGGCAGCCGGACGAGCAGGGGCUGCAGCAGGUCCUGCAGCUGCUCAAGGACUCGCAGUCGCCCAACACGGCAACACAGCGCGUGGUGCAGGAUAAACUGAAGCAGCUCAACCAGUUCCCCGAUUUCAACAAUUACCUGAUUUUCGUCCUCACGCGCCUCAAGUCCGAAGACGAGCCCACGCGCUCCCUGAGCGGCCUCAUCCUGAAGAACAAUGUGAAGGCACAUUUCCAGAGCUUCCCGCCACCUGUGGCCGAGUUCAUCAAACAGGAGUGUCUGAACCACCUGGGCGACAACUCCUCCCUCAUCCGGGCCACCAUCGGCAUCUUGAUCACCACCAUCGCCUCCAAAGGGGAGCUACAGAUGUGGCCAGAGCUGCUGCCUCAGCUCUGCAACCUUCUCAACUCUGAGGAUUACAACACCUGCGAGGGGGCUUUUGGGGCCCUGCAGAAGAUUUGCGAGGAUUCCUCAGAGUUGCUGGACAGUGACGCCCUGAACAGGCCCCUUAAUGUCAUGAUCCCGAAAUUCCUGCAGUUCUUCAAGCACUGCAGCCCCAAGAUCAGGUCUCACGCCAUCGCCUGUGUGAACCAGUUCAUCAUGGACCGGGCGCAGGCGCUGAUGGAGAACAUCGACACCUUCAUUGAGCACCUAUUUGCCCUGGCUGUGGAUGAGGAUCCCGAGGUGAGGAAGAACGUGUGUCGGGCGCUAGUGAUGCUGCUGGAGGUGAGGAUCGACCGCCUGCUGCCCCACAUGUACAGCAUCAUCCAGUACAUGCUGCAGAGGACCCAGGACAGUGACGAGAAUGUAGCCCUGGAGGCCUGUGAGUUCUGGCUGACGCUGGCAGAGCAGCCCAUCUGCAAGGACGUGCUGACAGCACACCUGGUGCAGCUGAUCCCAAUCCUGGUGCAUGGGAUGAGAUACUCAGAGAUCGACAUCAUCCUGCUCAAGGGGGAUGUGGAGGAGGAUGAGGCUGUCCCGGACAGUGAGCAGGACAUCAAGCCGCGGUUCCACAAGUCCCGCACGGUGACGUUGGCACACGAGGAGCAGCGGGGCGGGGAUGGCGACGGGGAUGGCGAUGAUGAGGACGAUGACGAGACCCUGUCAGACUGGAACCUGCGUAAGUGCUCGGCCGCCGCCCUGGACGUUCUGGCCAAUGUGUUCCGGGAGGAGCUGCUGCCCCACCUGCUGCCGUUGCUCAAGGAGCUGCUGUUCCACCUGGAGUGGGUGGUCAAGGAGUCAGGAAUCCUGGUCCUGGGGGCCAUCGCUGAAGGCUGCAUGCAGGGCAUGGUGCCGUACCUGCCCGAGCUGGUGCCGCACCUGAUCCGGUGCCUGGCGGACAGGAAGGCCCUGGUUCGCUCCAUCGCCUGCUGGACCCUGAGCCGUUACGCCCACUGGGUGGUCGCACAGCCCCCCGAGCUCUACCUGAAGCCGCUCAUGACAGAGCUGCUCCAGCGUAUCCUUGACAGCAACAAACGGGUGCAGGAGGCGGCCUGCAGUGCGUUUGCCACUCUGGAGGAGGAGGCCUGCACAGAGCUGGUGCCAUACCUGAGCUUCAUCCUGGACACGCUGGUCUUCGCCUUUGGGAAGUACCAGCACAAGAACCUGCUCAUCCUCUACGACGCCAUCGGCACCUUGGCUGACUCUGUGGGCCACCACCUCAACCAGCCGGAGUACAUCCAGAAGCUGAUGCCACCACUCAUCCAGAAGUGGAACGAGCUCAAGGACGAAGACAAGGACCUUUUCCCACUGCUGGAGUGCCUGUCCUCCGUGGCCACGGCCCUGCAGAGUGGGUUUCUGCCCUACUGCGAGCCCGUGUACCAGCGCUGCGUCACCCUGGUUCAGAAAACCCUCGCCCAGGCCAUGAUGUACAACCAGCACCCUGAGCAAUACGAAGCCCCCGACAAGGAUUUUAUGAUCGUGGCCCUGGACCUGUUGAGUGGCCUUGCCGAGGGGCUCGGUGGCCACGUGGAGCAGCUGGUGGCCCGUUCCAACAUCAUGACGCUGCUUUUCCAGUGCAUGCAGGACACGAUGCCCGAGGUGCGGCAAAGCUCCUUCGCCCUCCUGGGCGACCUCACCAAGGCCUGUUUUGUGCAUGUCAAGCCCUGUAUCGCUGAAUUCAUGCCUAUCCUCGGCACCAACCUGAACCCUGAGUUCAUCUCCGUCUGCAACAACGCGACCUGGGCCAUUGGGGAGAUCUGCAUGCAGAUGGGAGCAGAAAUGCAACCCUACGUGCAGAUGGUCCUCACCAACCUCGUGGAGAUCAUCAACCGCCCCAACACCCCCAAAACCCUCCUGGAGAACACGGCCAUCACCAUCGGGCGCCUUGGCUUUGUGUGCCCUCAGGAGGUGGCCCCGAUGCUGCAGCAGUUUAUCCGGCCUUGGUGCACUUCGCUCCGGAACAUUCGCGACAACGAGGAGAAGGACUCGGCUUUCCGGGGGAUCUGUGUCAUGAUCGGGGUGAACCCCGGGGGGGUUGUGCAGGAUUUCAUCUUCUUCUGCGAUGCUGUCGCAUCCUGGGUGAGCCCUAAGGAUGACCUGAGGGACAUGUUUUACAAGAUCCUGCAUGGCUUCAAGGCCCAGGUGGGUGAGGAGAACUGGCAGCAGUUUUCGGAGCAGUUCCCCCCCCUUCUCAAGGACCGACUGGCAGCGUUUUAUGGGGUCUGAGCCAGGGGGAGACCCC